AUAUUCGUUUGUUUAUCCUCAUCAAUACGAAAAAACAAACCAAAAAUGGCGAGUCCAAGAAACAUUCGUACAACUAUUUGUGUGAUAUUUAUUGGAGUGUUAUGCUUACAAGGACAAAUUAAUUUAUCAGAAGGCCUGUCUUACAGGGAAUCUGUAGAGUACCCCCAGGAUGUCUCAGUGGUAUCACUGGGGCAGGGACGAUUUCGUCGUCAGGUGGAUAACAGCUCCAUGACAACGCCCAUGACAACCACAGCCCCUGAAAAGACAACAACUCCAGACUUUCUUGACUACAAUAUUGCGCAUGAUGAUCACUCAUACUACAAGUCGUUAACGAUCAAGCAGUCGAACAUCGCCGAUUACUGGGUGGAGUUAAAGGACGCCAAGGGACAUCAGACCCUCUCUGACAGUCACCGAACAGCUGUGACAGCCUCACUUCCGUUCAUGUUUCUAUUUUACGGCCAUCCAGUGACCAAUGUUACCAUAGCUACUGGAGGUUUCUUAUAUAUGAGCCCUUUUAUCCACAAAUUUUUGACCGCCACCCAGUAUGUUGCCCCCCUGAUGGCGAACUUUGACACAAUCACCGGGGGAGAGAACUCUAGUGUUAUUUUCAAGCAAGUUGCCAACAAAUUUGUUGUGGAAUGGAGAGAUGUUUACCUUCAAGACCAAAAUGGAUCGGGCACAUUCCAGUUUCAAGUCAUUCUUCACAUGAACGGAUCUAUAGUGUUUGUCUACAAACAGCUACCAUUACGCGUGUACAAUAUUUCUGAUGUUAAUCACAGCGUCAAGGUCGGACUGUCCGAUGCAUUCUAUUAUGACACGCUUUACGUUGAUGAAAAAGGCAUAAGCAAGAAACGACGAACAAUUUAUGAGUACCACAGAGUUCUUUUGAAUACAUCUGACAUAAGGGAGGGAACUGUGGUGAUACUUCAUCCACUGCCAACUUGCAACCAGUACUCGGAAUGCGAGUCAUGUGUCAACUCGAAGAUUGGUUUCACGUGCAAGUGGUGCGGUGUGAUCAACCGAUGCUCGGACAGCGUGGACUGGUACAGGCAGGAGUGGCUCGACCAGGGUUGUGUGCAUUUGUCUGGAUCGGCCAACUGCUCUCAGAUCCCAACUCGGGCUCCCCAAGCACAGACCAGCAGUACAUUACCCAGUGUUAAAGAUGGUGACACAAUCCAGACAGCAGCCACUGUUAAAGACAUCUAUCUUACUUCCAUGACAACAGAACCUGCGGCAGAUUAUAAUUCACAACAGAAAGCAGAUGUGCAGUCAGCCACUGUUAAAGACAUCUAUCUUACUUCCAUGACAACAGAACCUGCGGCAGAUUAUAAUUCACAACAGAAAGCAGAUGUGCAGUCAGCCACUGUUAAAGACAUCUAUCUUACUUCCAUGACAACAGAACCUGCGGCAGAUUAUAAUUCACAACAGAAAGCAGAUGUGCAGUCAGCGUCUCAGUCGACAGUGGCCAUCAUUGUGAUAGUGAUCGUGUUUGUGCUGGUCCUAAUUGGCGGAGUGGGAGGCUGGAUGUACUACGCCUACACCCACCCCACCACUGCCUCCGGAAUGUGGCUCAUGGAGCAUCGUCCCAGCCAGAUGAAGGCCAAGCUUGCUAACAUGAAGUUCUGGAAACGCGACUCUGCCGGAGACAAAUACGCCGUGGACUCCACAGCUUAAUGCUGCUUGGAGAGGUGGAUGUGUGACCUUUGGAAAGGUCAUCGCUUGACCUUCCACACCAGUUGCGAGAAAACACAAAGACUGACAGAUGUGAUACUCUAGAUAGUGGCGUUUUCUGAGGCCAACAUUUUGUAUUUGUUGUUGCUCUAUUUUUUUUGGAUUUUAUUUCUAUUGCUUUCUAAAGAAAUAUUUUUACAAUUAUGGCAACUGGUCUUGGCCUUUCAAUUAAUUAUGUUUUUGUUUGAUGUGUUUUGUACAUAUAAAGAAAAUCAGUAAAAAACUUUUGUUAUAUUUUUUAAUGAAAUGAAUUUCUUCUUGGUUAAGAACAGAUAUAUUUUAUUUAUAAUUAUAAAUGUUAGACUUUUGUAUUGUUCGUCAACCAAUAACAAUACAGUAUGAUAUAAAGCUCACAACAGGAUCAUAGAUCAUACAGUACAUUGUGCUUAAUACAAGAUACAACAUUGAUUUUUUUUAAAUAUGUUAUGUUAUCUCAAUAUUGAGUUGCUGGGUAAAACGUGUGAAUUCAAUACAAUUAUGGAAAUAUUUGGCUUCAAACAAAACAAACAUUUAAGAUAUUUCUAGCAAAUUUUCUUUUCAUUUUAUGCUUGAUUUCACCGAUUAUUUACAUUUUAAAAGAGUUGAACCGGAGAAUUUAGCUGGUAUAAUGACGUCAUUUCAAAAACAAAUGAUGUCAUUUCACAGUAAAACAGUGAAAAAAUAUUGAUAAUUUUCACUCUUAUUUUUCACUGUUUGAAACAGUGAAAUAUCAGUUUUAUUUCACUAAUAUUUCUCUAUAAAGCAACGAAAAGCAUAAAAUAAAAUUAUUACAGGUAGUUGUAGAUUUAUUGUUAAUACUGUUGUGUUUAUUCAAUUAUGUGUGAAAUGGGCAUUCCGUUAAAAAUUAAAAAAAUUCUUACAUAAAAAAUAAAAUAAUCAGAUGCCUUUUGUACUUCAUGAUCUAUUGUUUGAUGUUUGCUUUUGUAUAGAUGCGUAGAUUCUUUGCAUAAAAACUAGCAUCAAAAUUAAACAAUUGUCUGUAUAAUGAACCCAGUUUUGGCUGGGUAUAAGAGUGCAUGACUCCAUCCAAUGUGUAUGUGUUUGUAAGAGUAUUUUACACUGGCCUAGGCAUAAAUAGCAUCCCCAGAGGUAGCAUAUGGCUUACCACUGUCAUAUUUACCAAAGUUUCACUCAAAAACAAGUUUAAAAUGUUUGCUGGUUGUGUUUUCGUGUGCAAAAUUUCGGCCUAUUGUUACUACUGUAAAUUACGAUACAUAUCAAAUUUGACAUGUUGUUGUUGUUGAUGUUAUCAUUAUUGGACCCUCAUUCAGGCAAGAAUGGGCAUGAAGCCAUGUGCAUAGUCUGGGGUCGAGCUAGGAUGGCAGCAUAUGACAUAAGACCCAUUUUUGCAUAAUGCAGCUCAUUGUUUUAGAUCAUUGAGUUGUUUGAUGGUUGCAUUCGAAAUUGCGUGAUCUUGAUUUGUGCUAUGUUUCCACUGAACAGCACUGAUAUCAAGUUUAUGUAAUUGUAUAUUUACAUUAAUUUUCGUAUGUAAAUUUGAAUUUUGUUCAUUGAGCGUUCUGAUAUGACACAAGACAAUAUUCCAUUAAAUAAAAUUAAUACAAUACUAUGUGCAUCUUAAUACAUAUAGAAAGAAUAAAACUGAUUUAAUAAACAUGAAACUUAACCUAAAAAAAAAGUAUUUAAGAAAACAACAUGUAAUGCCGUGACUUUUGAUACAUUUAAGACAUUAGACAGGCUGAAAUGUUAUCUCCAUCAGAUAGGGGUCCUUGCCCGAUUUUUAAACAAUGAAAUAACACUGUGUAUUAAUAAUAAAUUAAUUUUUAAAAGUUUAUUUAUACAAUUUGAAACUUAAAUGAAGUAGUUUUUCACAAUUAUACUUGUGUUAAUUUCAAUAUCAAAUCUUUUGAGGAUUGCAAUAUAAAUGUAUGAGUGAAUGUAUGAGUCAUUAAUUUAAUUGCUGUUAAAAUUGUAUUAAACUUUUAUGUAAAGAAAUCGUUUUAUGCAGAUGUACAUGUAUGUUUGAGAUUAUAACUGCCUUUUAGUGUAUGUUUUACUGGUAAUUAAUGGAGACUUUCUGUAGAUGUUGCCAUAUUAUCUUCUAGUUAUACAGCUAUAUCAAACUAAGUUUAUUGUUGAAUUUUAAAACAAAAAUUGAAGGAAGGUAAACGUAAAUAGUUAUAUGUAAUGAACACUUCAUUAAUAAGAAUUGAAAAUGAAUUUUUCAUCUGGAACAAAAUUUUACAUUUGAUUUUGUAACGUUUUUGUAGGUUGAUCUGAACCAAAAGGCAGUUAUCCAAAUGUUUCUGAUUGUUAAUUUUAUGAUAAUGUUACACAAAUUUGCAAAAUAUAUAAAAAUAAAACUUUCAUAAAUAAUACUCAAAUAUUAAACUCACAUUAAAUAUGUUAAGAACAUUCUCCGUAAGUAAACUUAUAUAUCAUUCACAUUCCCUUGACAUGCUAUUUUAUUGAAAUAUUGUAUAUGUUUAUAUGGCUAUGUACUGAUUGUAUUCGCCAAUAAAAUGGUCUGUCUGUCUGUCUGUCUAUAUAGGGUUGAAUACUAUUUGUUUUGUUAUUGUCAUUUUUGCAAACAGAUCAAGAAGAAAAAGAUUUUUGGUUAGCCAGAGACGAAAAUUGUUUAAAUUUGCAUAUAUCAGAGUGUGUUUUUCUAUUUUUGUGCUCACAAUGCUAUUUUCAUAGUUGUCUACAUUAUUUUUUGCCUUUUCUGCAAUCAUUACUUCAUUGUGUUUUUUUAAUUGAAUACCAUUAUAUUUAGAAGAAACAUUUGUGUCUGGUUGUGUUUUAAAGUGAUUUUAUUUUAGGUAUUUGAAUAACAAAAAGUAACAUAUAAACAUUACUGAAAUAUUUUCAAUUUUUUCUACAUGUAUGAUUUGAGUGAAAAUAGCAAUGAACCAAAACAAUUCUAUCUAUUUAACGUAGCAUUUAAAUAAGUAAAUAUUUCUUAUAGCAUCUUUCUGUCUGGUAUGUACAAAAUAUCGCCAUUAAAGUUACAAAUAAUUGUAUUUUAAGACCCUUGGUUGACAUUAUUACUAAUCGGGGUUUUAAACGAUAAUAUCAGAGCUGCUGCUUGAUUCAAAUGCUCAGUUUUAUAUUGAGAACAAUGUUAUUCUCUUAGAAUAAAACAUCCAACAUGUAGUGAUCAGCUGUACUGGUGUACAUACCGGUAUGCAGUGUAUAAGGACAGUGAAAUCGACUGAAGACACAAGCCAUAAAAGUAAAAAAAUAGAUGAUAAUGUAAUAAUAAUCAAUGCACUUGACCAACAUGAAUUGUGUUCCAAUAAUUCGAUGUCUUAUUCUGACUUCACACAAUGUGUUUGCGAAAUAUAGGUGUUUGCAAAAUAAGCUCUUGUUUUUAUUUUUGUUUUCAUGGUAAUCAAUGGUGCCCAUGAUUAAUUGUUCAAUACAUGGGUUUUUGGAACAUGAAUAUCAAAAUGUACAUCUACAUCUUUGUAAGUUUGUAUGCUCCCCCAAAAUUUAUUUUGGGGGGAGCAUAUAGUCGCCGCUUCGUCUGUCCGUCCGUGUGUCCUUCCGUGUUUCCGUCCGUCCGUGCACAAUUUUUGUCCAGGCUAUUUCUCAGCAACUAAUGACCGCAAUUCAAUGAAACUUUAUGGGAAGCUUUACUACCAAGAGGAGAUAUGCAUAUUAUCAACGGGUUCUGAUCAAAUGAUUUUUCACAGAGUUAUGGCCCUUUGAAAUUUUCCAUUUACUGUACAUAUAGUGCAAUUCUUGUCCGGGCUAUUUCUCAGCAACUAAUGUCCAGAAUUCAAUGAAACUUUAUGGGAAGCUUCACUAUCAAGAGGAGAUGUGCAUAUUAUCAGCGGGUUCUGGUAGGAUGAUUUUUUACAGACUUAUGGCCCUUUUAAAAUUUCCAUUAACUGUACAUAAAGUGCAAUGCUUGUCCUGUGCGAUUUCUCAGCAACUAAUGACUGGAAUUCAAUGAAACUUUAUGGGUAGCAUCACUACCAAGAGGAGAUGUGCAUAUUAUCAGCGGUUUCUGGUUGGAUGAUUUUUCACAGAGUUAUGGCCCUUUGAAAUUUUCCAUUAACUGUACAUAUAGUGCAAUUCUUGUACGGGCUAUUUCUCAUCAACUAAUGACCGGAAUUCAAUGAAACUUUAUGGGAAGCUUCACUACCAAGAGGAGAUGUGCAUAUUAUCAGCGGGUUCUGGUUGGAUGAUUUGUCACAGAGUUAUGGUCCUUUUUUCUAUAAUUUUCUAUAAAAAAAAUCUUGUCCCCCCAACUACUGUGCCCUCAAGACGUUUCCUUUUAUCUGAAUAUAUAGUGCAAUAUUGUGACAAAAAAAAACUUUGGGGAGCAUCACCCAUCUUCGACGGAUUCUUGUUAUUAAUGUUGAUAUGUUUUCUUAGAAUGUAUUUUCUUGAUAAAGUUAUUUGGUUGUGAUAUUUAUUGAAUUUUACUCUUUUUUCAAGAAAUCAGCAGUGAUUUAAACUAAUGGAUUUCAAUAUAUAUAUUAAUUGACAUAUUCAACUCAAUAUCUUUCAACACAAAAUUGAUUUCAACGGAUGAAUAUGUGUCAAUAUAUACUAAUUGCAACACAAUCUACUACUCACUAUCUUUCAAUAUUGCACUAAAGGCAUGUUAUUUGUUAGCAAAUUAAAACUUUUAACAGAAAGAAUAAUUAAUAUUCAUAAAAAAUAUUUAUUUAUUUUUUUAACAAAUUCAAUUCAUGAAAUCUGUAGCUGCCUUGUUUACUACAAGUUGAAUACAUUAGAUUUUGCACCAAUAAUGAAAUAAAAUGAUAGCUAUGAUUAUUUUCCAGAGUUAAAUUCUUGUUAAAAAUAUAUAAUGUUUGAAAUAUUAGUAUAACCUUCCCAAAGAUUUUUGAAUACGGGUCCGUAAUGAAUUCAAUGGCAUCCUUAAUUUUGUAUGUGGUAUACAUGGACUUUUAGUACAUGGACUGCCCUCAAUGAUUGUUGAGCCAGGGCAUGACAUAAAAUUUCUGCCAGGUUUUUUUUUCGUUUAUAAUUGCUGUAUAUACCAGGAAAGCAAAGAAGAGAUAAUUAUUGAUAUUGCAAAAAAAUCAAACAUAUCGUCAGAGCCUGGUUGCUAAAAACUGUUACGGCCAGGUAAGCUGAAGACCAUUAAUAUUUGGAUCAAGUUAUAUAUAUGACUUAAUUGUUAACCGUUUAAUAUAUGUGUUGAUUAUAAAUAAAUUUGUGUACUCAUAUACAUAAGUUUGAUAAUAACAUUGCUUUUUUAAUUAAUUAUAUUUGUGUCUGCAGUGAACAGACUGUUACCUUAACUUGCCGUUACAGUUUUGAGGAACUGGGCCCAGAUCUUUUUUUUAUAUAGUUGGUCUAAUUCUAUACAUUUUCAUUCAUUUUGUUAAUGUCUGGUAGUAUGUAUACGACGAAAGAACUUGAUCUGGGUCUAGUUGCUAAAACAUUUCGAUCAUCUAUUGAGCUCAAAUGUCUACCUACUAUUUAACUUAAAUGACAACUACAAGAAACCUAUUUACAGUAUUUAGUAAAUUAUUUUGCAUAAACAUAAUUAAAGAAUAAACUCUAAAGUUUAAAAUUAAAACUAAUGCUUUAUUUAAAAUCUGAAUCAAAGUUUUAGGGGCAUUAGCUGACUGUUUAGAUUUGAAUUUAGAUUUUAAUAAAAUGUAUGCCCAAUGCCACCAAUGUUCCUUAUGAGUUACAAGCUACAGCAAUUGUUUCACAUCUCUGACAGACUUGUGUGCAUGUAAAUGUAUAAUUUGAGGCGCUUAAUCUAUGUUUUUGUCCAUUGUUGCACAUAUCUAUGUCACACUAUUGGCUAUCAAAAUAAAUGUAAACUUCUUAUAA